AUGGGUGUCCCCAUGACCGUCUGCCUCUCUGCACUGACCUGCCUCUCCUUUGUCAUGAUUGGUGGAGACUGUCAGACAGACGCUUCCCGUGACCACUCCCUGACGCCUCUCCACGACAGCCGUGCUCGCUCCCCAAACGCCCCCGCCCCCUUACCCCGCCCGGUCUCUCACUCCAACACGUCCGUCCAUGGGCUCGGAGGCUCAGGAGCGCCCCCUGGCUGUGUGCAGCCCACAGCGAUAAAGCUGGUGUUCAAGUACGUCAACACGCUGCUGUCGUGCGUCAUCUUCGUGGUGGGGAUUGUGGGGAACUCCACGCUCCUGCGCAUCAUCGGGGAGAACAAGAGCAUGCGCACCGGCCCAAACGCUCUGAUUGCCAGCCUUGCACUGGGAGACCUCAUCUACAUCGUGUUUGCCAUUCCCAUCCACAUCUACAAGCUCAUAGCGAUGCGGUGGCCAUUCUCUGACAGUGUGUUGGGUCUCCUCUUGUGUAAGCUGGUGCCUUUUGUGCAGAAAGCCUCUGUGGGAAUCACUGUACUCAACCUGUGUGCCCUAAGUGUGGACAGGUACCGUGCGGUAGCGUCCUGGACGCGUGUGCGGAGCGUGGGAGUGCCGGUGCAGACGGCGCUGGAGAUCGCGUGUAUCUGGUGUGUGUCGGCCAUGCUGGCCGUGCCGGAGGCCAUGGGCUUCCGCAUGGUGGCCUUCUCUUACCGCAACAUAUCCACACACACCUGCAUGCUGCAGGCCACCACCCCCUUCCUCAGGUUCUACAGGGAUGUAAAAGACUGGUGGUUGUUUGGGUUUUAUUUCUGUGUGCCGCUGCUGUGCACGGCGGUCUUCUACUCACUGAUGACCGGGAGAAUGCUGCACCAGCGCAAGCAGCUCAGAUCAGCACUCAGCCAGCACCUCAAACAGAGGCGUGAAGUUGCAAAAGCAGUCUUUAGUCUGGUGGUGAUCUUUGCGCUGUGCUGGUUCCCUCUGCACCUCAGCCGCAUCCUCAAGAAGCUCAACUACAGCCCUCAGGACACACACCGCUGUGACCUGCUCAAUUUCCUGUUGGUACUGGACUACCUGAGUGUGAACCUGGCCACCGUCAACUCCUGCAUCAACCCCAUCAUCCUCUACUUUGUCAGCAAGAGAUUUAAAAACUGCUUUAGGUCUUGUCUGUGCUGCUGGUGUUCCUCUGGUAGGAGUCGUGUUCAUUCCAGCCCUGAGAAACACAAAGCCCUCCUCACCUAAAUAUGUGUCUGAAUAUCACAGUAUGUGUCUGUGU